AUGACUAUAGAAAAUGAACAGUAUGAGCCCAUGUUAAGGCAAGAUGAUCUAACAGAACAAAUUGAACAUAUGGAACCGCUAGCUGUUGGUGACCAACGUCUUGAGCGUAAGAUUGGCUGGAUACAAGGUGCAAUGGUCAAUGUGAGCUACAUCAUCGGUGCUGGUAUCUUUGUUGGACCAGCACUUACUUUACAACUCGUUGGAUCAGGUGGGAUGAACCUGAUUCUAUGGUUCAUAGGUGCACUUGUUGCUCUCUCGGGUACAUUUACCUUUAUGGAGUUAGGAACAAUGCUUCCUCGUAGUGGUGGUGAAGUGGGCUAUCUGGAAUACUGUUACAGACGGCCAAAAUACCUGCUGGCCUAUUUAUUUACCUAUUGGAGUUUGAUGAACAGGUCGAGUGGGGUUGCAUCUCAAGGCAUUGUUUUUGGUGGAUAUGUGAAUUAUGCCAUUUUUGGACCAACAUACAAAUCUGUGUGGGUGGACAGAGGCUGGGCAUUGUUGAGUGCGACUCUACUGGCAGCAGUGAACAUGCUGUCCACAAGAAUGACCAUGAAGAUGAUUUCGUUCUUUACAGUCGUAAAGAUCUCUGUGCUUUUAUUGAUCGCUUGCAUUGGUAUUUUGGUUCUGGCAAAAGCCAUUCCUUCUGACGUGGAUGCCAGCUUGAAUUUGUCGUUUGUUGGCACAUCCAAUACAGUGGGGCCUUAUGCAUCUGCCUUGUACUAUGUCAUGAAUAGCUAUAGUGGCUGGCAUAAUCUUAAUUUUGUGGUGGACGAGGUGAAGGAUCCAAUCAGGAAUCUACCAAAAGCAUCAGCAGCAGCCGUUAUCACCACUGCAACAUUAUAUAUUUUGACGAAUAUUGCCUAUUUAGUAGUAUUGCCAUUAGAGACCAUGAAGAGCUCCGAGUUCAUUGUAGCAGCAGCGUUCUUUACUCGGUCUUUGGGCGAAAACUUUGCAACCAAAAUACUCCCUGUCUUUAUCGGCCUCAGUGCAUUUGGAUGUGCCGCAUCAAUGAACUUUACAGGUGGAAGAGUCAUUAUGGAGGUGGCUAGACAAGGGCUAUUGCCUUAUGGACAUGUAUUUGGCAAGGUUGACUCACGUAUCAAAAGCCCUGUCAAUGCAUACUUGCUGCAAUAUGUACUAUCGAUUGUAUUCAUUGUGGGCCCGCCUCCAGGUGCUGUUUACCAAUUCAUUGUUGCUUUUGCUGCCUAUCCAGUCUAUGUAUUUUACUUUUUAAUAGCACUAGGUGUACUGAUUCUGCGAAGACGAGAGCCAAACAGCAACAGACCUAUCCGAGCACCCUUGGUAUGCGUAUACGUGUUUCUGGCUUUUACAGCGUAUGCACUUGUGUUUGUGUUUAUACCUGUAAAAAAUCAAUACUAUCCUUAUUGGCUGCCAUAUGUUUCUGCUAUUAUAUCCAUGGUGGCAUGCACUGGAUUCUGGUAUUAUCAAAUUGUCAUCAAGAACACGCCAAGCAGAUCUUACAACGAAUCAAUCCGACAUCAAGGUCAUGCAGCCAUAGAGAGCGACGUAUUUGGGGAAUACUCUGCAGUUCCCACUCAAGAAUUAGAGCCAUCUCAUGAUAGAUCAGAAGGGAGUGAUUGA